AUGGCACCGGGGAUCUUAGAAACAGACUCAACAGUCGUUGCUGAGAAGGUGACCAGCUUGUCCACACUCACUGAAGACUGGGAUGAUACCAUCCGGUUCUACCUCAAUGGCACCAAGGUAGCGGUGGACACCAUCAACCCGGAAGUGACUCUACUUGAAUAUUUGCGGGGUAUCGGGUUAACGGGUACCAAGCUCGGAUGCGCUGAGGGAGGCUGUGGUGCUUGCACGGUGGUUGUCUCCCAUGUGAAUCCUACAACGAACCAAAUCUAUCAUGCCUCCGUGAACGCUUGUAUUGCUCCACUGGUUAGCAUUGAUGGCAAACAUGUCAUCACAGUCGAGGGAAUUGGAAACAUGAAGGAUCCUCAUGCGAUUCAACAGCGAAUCGCGGUCGGAAAUGGAAGCCAGUGUGGCUUUUGUACUCCUGGAAUUGUGAUGUCUCUCUAUGCGCUGCUUCGAAACAAUCCUUCGCCCUCCGAACACGAUGUCGAAGAGGCGUUCGACGGAAACCUUUGCCGCUGCACCGGCUAUCGACCAAUCCUUGACGCUGCUCAAAGUUUCAAUUCGAAAAAUAAUUGCGGAAAAGCUUCUGCCAACGGAGGUUCAGGCUGCUGCAUGGAGAAGAAUGGCACUGGUGGCGGUUGUUGUAAAGGGUCUUCCAAAGGGAAUGAAAUCGAGACCGUUGAUUACACAUUCCCUGCACCGAAUUUCAAACCAUACAGCCCAGACACGGAGUUGAUCUUUCCGGCGGCCCUGCGGAAACACAAUUUCCGACCACUGGCUUAUGGCAACAAGCGGAAGAAGUGGUAUCGACCAGUGACUGUGGAGCAACUCUUACAGAUCAAGAGCGUCCACCCAGACGCUAAACUGAUUGGCGGAAGCACGGAAACCCAGAUUGAGAUUAAAUUUAAAGCAAUGCGCUACGCAGCGUCUGUUUACCUCGGCGAUAUCCCUGAGCUGCGACAAUUUACUUUGCACGACAACUAUCUGGAGAUUGGCGCAAAUGUUUCUUUGACUGAUCUUGAACACAUUUGCGACCAAGCAGUAAAGAAGUAUGGAGAUGCUCGAGGCCAGCCUUUCAAGGCAAUCAAGAAACAGUUGCUCUAUUUCGCUGGGCGACAAAUUCGAAACGUCGCUUCUCCUGCGGGUAACUUGGCUACUGCCUCGCCUAUCUCUGAUCUUAACCCGGUGCUGGUAGCUACAAACACUAUACUUGUGGCUAAGUCUCUUGAAGGAGAGACCGAAAUUCCCAUGACCGAAUUCUUCCAAGGCUAUCGCAAAACUGCCCUCGCCCCCAACGCAAUCAUUGCUAGCUUGCGCAUUCCAGCUGCACAAACACAAAAAGAGUAUAUGCGAGCCUACAAGCAAGCCAAGCGAAAGGAUGAUGAUAUCGCCAUUGUCAACUCCGCGCUCCGCGUGACGCUCUCUGAGACCAAUGACGUGGUCAGCGCCAACCUUGUAUUCGGCGGCAUGGCAGCUAUGACCGUAUCAGCGAAGAACGCCGAAGCAUAUAUUGUUGGCAAGAAGUUCACAAACCCCGCAACUCUGGAGGGUGUCAUGAGCGCGCUGGAGCAGGACUUUGAUCUGCCAUUUGGGGUUCCUGGCGGCAUGGCCAGUUACCGGAAGUCGCUGGCUAUGGGCUUCUUCUAUAGGUUCUAUUACGAUGUUUUGUCAGGGCUCGAGGUCCAGUCAUCGGAUUUGGAUUCAGAUGUGGUUGCCGAAAUCGAGAGAGCCAUUUCCUCUGGACAGAAAGAUCAUGAGUCUUCCGUUGCAUAUCAAAAGAAUAUUCUCGGAAAAGCGACCCCGCAUGUUGCGGCGCUGAAGCAGUCCACAGGGGAAGCUCAAUACACGGAUGAUAUCCCUGUGCAGAUGAAUGAAUUAUUCGCCUGCAUGGUUCUCUCCACUAAGCCCCACGCCAAGAUAAUCAGUGUUGACGCCUCCGCGGCAUUGGACAUUCCAGGUGUUGCAGACUAUGUGGACCACACCGAUCUUCCCAAUCCCGAAGCAAACUGGUGGGGCGCGCCCAAGGCCGAUGAGCUUUUCUUUGCUGUUGAUGAAGUCACUACAGCUGGUCAGCCAAUUGGUGUGAUCCUGGCCAGUACAGCGAAAAUUGCCGAGGAGGGCAUGAGGGCUGUCAAGGUAGAGUAUGAGGAUCUUCCCAGUAUCCUUACGAUGGAAGAAGCCAUUGAAGCCGAGUCUUACUUCGAGCACUACCGUUACAUCAAGUGUGGUGACACUGAAGAAGCUUUCAAACAAGCCGACCACAUUUUCACUGGAGUCUCGAGGAUGGGAGGUCAAGAGCACUUCUAUUUGGAGACCCAGGCCUGCGUGGCGAUUCCAAAGCCCGAGGAUGGCGAAAUGGAGAUUUGGAGUGGUACACAGAACCCCACUGAAACACAAGCCUAUGUCGCUCAAGUGACAGGAGUGUCCGCAAACAAGGUUGUUUCGCGUGUGAAGCGACUUGGAGGUGGCUUCGGCGGCAAGGAAACUCGAUCGGUCCAGCUUGCUGGCAUCUGCGCUACUGCUGCUGCAAAGACAAAACGGCCCGUCCGCUGCAUGCUUAACCGAGAUGAAGAUAUCCUGACUUCCGGACAGCGUCAUCCUUUCCUUUGCCAUUGGAAGGUUGGAGUGACCAAGGAGGGAAAGAUUCUUGCGCUUGAUGCGGACGUGUUCGCCAAUGGAGGUCACACUCAAGAUCUUUCGGGUGCUGUCGUGGAACGAAGCUUGUCGCAUAUUGAUGGUGUGUACAAAAUCCCGAACAUGUAUGUGCGCGGCCGGAUUUGCAAAACAAACACUGUAUCGAACACUGCGUUCCGUGGCUUUGGUGGUCCCCAGGGACUGUUCUUUGCCGAGUGUUAUGUCUCGGAGAUUGCAGAUCACUUGGACAUACCUGCCGAAGAGAUUCGAAGCAUCAACAUGUACAAGCCCGAGGAAAAGACACAUUUCAACCAGACCCUCAAAGAUUGGUACGUUCCUUUGAUGUACAAGCAAGUGAUCGAAGAAAGCUCCUACAAUGAGCGGAGAAAAGCUGUUGAGGAAUAUAACGCCCAACACAAGUGGUCGAAACGAGGAAUGGCCAUUGUGCCAACCAAGUUUGGUAUCUCCUUCACAGCCCUCUUUUUGAACCAAGCGGGAGCUUUGGUCCAUAUAUACCAUGAUGGCAGUGUCCUUGUGGCACACGGCGGUGUCGAAAUGGGCCAAGGCUUGCAUACAAAGAUGAUUAUGAUUGCCGCCGAAGCGCUGCAAGUCCCACAAUCGAGCGUCUUCAUCUCUGAAACAGCAACCAACACGGUUGCAAACACCUCGUCCACGGCAGCUUCGGCAAGUUCCGAUCUCAACGGCUAUGCUAUCUACAAUGCGUGCGAGCAGUUAAAUGAGCGUCUCCGUCCUUUCCGUGAGAAGAUGCCCAAUGCAACUAUGAAGGAACUCGCACACGCUGCUUACUUCGCCCGCACCAAUCUCUCAGCACAAGGAUACUACCGUACCCCAGAUAUCGGUUACGUAUGGGGUGAGAAUAGCGGUCAGAUGUUCUUCUACUUUACACAGGGAGUCACCGCUGCCGAAGUUCAAAUCGACACGUUGACUGGUGAUUGGACGCCAUUACGUGCCGACCUCAAAAUGGAUGUGGGUCGCUCGAUCAACCCUUCAGUCGACUACGGUCAAAUUGAAGGUGCCUAUGUACAAGGGCAAGGUCUUUUCACCACCGAAGAGAGUUUGUGGCAUCGUGCUUCCGGUCAGAUCUUCACCCGAGGUCCAGGUAACUACAAAAUCCCCGGGUUCCGGGAUAUUCCGCAGAUCUUCAAUGUCAGCCUGCUCAAAGAUGUGGAGUGGAGGAACCUGCGCACGAUCCAGCGUUCCCGUGGUGUUGGUGAGCCACCUCUGUUUAUGGGCAGUGCGGUUUUCUUUGCUAUUCGUGAUGCCUUGAAAGCUGCUCGCAAGCAGUGGAAUGUGACGGAUGUACUCUCAUUAGAGUCUCCUGCCACACCUGAGCGUAUUCGGGUUAGCUGUGCUGAUCCAAUUAUUGAGCGCGCAAGAGUACAGCCAAAGGAGGGUGAGAAGAGCUUCUUCGUUGCGAUUUAA